AUGCCACAAGACUUUUUUAAUAGUCUGUCUCAAGACUUUAGUAAUCUUCUCGCAAAUGCAGACGAGUAUAAUGUAAUACUCGAAGUCGGAGAGGCACCAACAUCGAAAACCUUUCGUGCACACUCCUUAGUAUUGAGAGCGAGGAGUCCGUAUUUUCAUACUGCGUUGUCUAGUGAAUGGGCUAGGAAGGAAGGGGGGUCUACCGUUUUUAAGAAGCCGAACGUGUCACCUUUGGUAUUUGAAAUUAUUUUGAAAUACAUGUAUUCCGGGUCAAUUGCCCUAGAAGAAGUGGACGUGAAAGAAAUUAUCAAUCUUUUAAUCGCAACUGACGAAUUACUGUUGAAAGAACUAUUUGACUAUGUGGAAGAUUUUAUACUUGAGCAUGAACGAGAAUGGGUUGAGGCGCACGUCGUUUAUGUGCAUCGAUCAGUUUAUCAACACGAAUCGUGCAGUAAACUUCAAGAUUUCUGUCUCAAGACCAUCUGUAAGUCACCUCAUACGGUCUUUGAAUCCGAAGAGUUUUUCUCUUUUGAACAGAAUUUGUUAAUACCCAUUAUCGAGCGAAAUGAAUUGCAAAUGGAAGAAAUUGAUGUUUGGAACAAGAUGCUUCAAUGGGGAAUCGCACAAAGUGAAGGUCUACCGGAUAAUCUUGAUGAAUGGAGUGAAACCCAUUUCGCAACACUGGAAAGAAAUUUAAAACGGUUUCUCCCUUUGAUUCGAUUUACUCAAAUGUCGGGUCCCGAAUUUUACGAAAAUGUCUGGGCGUAUUAUUCGAUCUUACCAUGGGAAAUUCUGAAUGAAGCAAUGAGAUAUUACUGUACACGUACGAUGCCUGCCACAUGUAUUACUAUCCAUCAACCUCGACUGAUUUCCUUCGAUUCUGUUAUUAUCCAAAAUAACUACGUCGCCAAAAUUUGCGAUUGGAUUGAUCGUAACGACGGAAAACCAUACGCUUAUGAGGAGGUUCCAUAUAAAUUUAAACUGCUACUUCGUGGCUCUCGUGAUGGAUUUGAAGCAGAGACGUUUCACACCUUGUGCGAUGAUAAAGGUCCAACCAUAGUCGUUCUUCGAGUACGUGGAAGUGAAGAUAUUAUUGGAGGGUAUAAUCCUCUUACGUGGAAAACCGGCGAAGGAAAGAUGACUACACAGAACAGCUUCUUGUUUUCCUUUGGUAAUAAAGGAGUUAUUUCUGACGCCAAGUUAGCUAGAGUGGAUCGUCCUGAUUAUGCUAUUCGAUUGAAAGAUGUGAACCAUGGACCUUGCUUUGGUGAUAGAGAUCUGUGGAUGAAGAAUAAAUUUAAUGAGCAUCAGAAUUGUUCUUGUGAGAAGGACGAUUAUCAUGACAUUAUUUAUAGUAAUAGUAAGUUUAGUGUCGUUGAAUACGAAGUAUUUCUUAUUGUCAAGAAAUAA